UCAACAGCUGAGUGGCAUAAAAAACGUCAAAAAUAUCGAAGCGGUCGGCGAGUCUUAUUAGAACACGUCAGUAUUUUACGUUUAUAAUAAACGUGUUUAAUGAGGAAUAAGCCUUAAUCUUUUUAAAUAUUGAUAUAUAGAGACUGAAUGUAGUGCGGUUUCAUUCACGAGUGUUGUGUUUCGAGAAAACUCCUGGAUCGAUAAAGGGCUGUGCCAACAUGGGGAGCAGCGGAAAAAGUAUAUUUAAUACAUUAAUCGCCCUCGUAAUUCUGCCUCUCGCUUGUUGCAAUGUACAGCCCCCAAUAGUCAACCCAGGUAUUCUUAGUCAGGCUAAAAGCCUCGGCGAGUGUCAGGCCUGUAAAUUAUUCGUGGAUUCGUUUAAAAAAGGAUUAGAACGGACCGCGAGAGGUAAAUACGAGGGCGGUGAUGCCGCGUGGGAAGAGGAGAAGCUAAAACUGUCGUACAAACGUAGCGAAAUGCGAUUAAUUGACAUACAAGAAGGAAUUUGCAAAGAGGGCAAACACUCAGUUCAGUGUCACCAUAUGGCUGAGAAAGCUGAAGAGUUUAUUGAAGCCUGGUGGGCCCAGGACCCAGAUGAAUCUACUGACUUAUACAACUACAUUUGUAUAGAUAAAAUGCAAGUAUGCUGCCCUAAACACCAUUUUGGUAAAGACUGCACACCAUGCCCUGGUGAUCAUGAGAAGCUUUGUAGCGGGAAUGGCAAAUGCAGAGGUGAUGGGACUAGGAAGGGGAAUGGUACAUGCUUAUGUGACCCAGGGUACACAGGUGGGGAGUGUGAUCACUGUAUGACUGGUUAUUACUUGUCUUACAAGGAUGAUAGCAAAAUGCUGUGUUCUCCAUGCCACGUGUCAUGCAUGGGUGGUUGUAGAGCCGGUUCACAAAAAGACUGCGUGGCUUGCAAGGCAGGCUUUGCCUUUGACUCGGAUGAGGGCUGUUUAGACAUCAAUGAAUGUGAUGAUGUAAAUAAAUGUACUAAAAAUCAGUUUUGUAUGAACUCCAUUGGGUCGUUCACUUGUAUGGCCUGUGAUAAGUCUUGUGAUACAUGUCAUGGAGAUGGGCCGGAUAUGUGCAGGAAAUGUGCCAAAGGAUACUCGAAGAAGGGAGAGUUUUGUAUAGCUGAUAGGGAAGAUGAGGACCAAUCAGAGAAGCUCACUACUACAAGGUACAUGACAUAUGUGGGGUUGCUGAUCGCUACCGGUAUACUGCUACCCAGAUCCACCUCUCUCGGUAGCCUCGUAGGAGCCAUGGUCCUGUCCUACAUCCUCGGAGCCGAGUAUUACUGUAUGAUCAACGGUCAUACCGGUUUAGUUGACCUGAAGAACUUCGAUCUGGCCCAGUUGUUUCAUACUUAGUAAGAUUUUAGCCUAAUUUUCAAAUUCCCUGGCUUUUUUAGGUACUUUAAGAUUCAGUGAAGUGCGGUCUGUAUCUGCCAGGUUUUAGACAUAAGUAGGUAAUCAAGAAAUUAAUUUAUUUGUAAGUUUUUAUCAGUCAUGGAUUAAGAUUGCAGUCUAAUAAUUUUAAAUGGUGUUGUUCCAUAAUGUUUUUGUGAUAUUUUUGUUUUAUGUCAGAGACUAGUAAGUUUUUUAUUAAUUUUUCAAAAGUGGUAAACGUGAUUUUAUGACGUGACAUUUUUUUAGGCAUUUAUCAAAUUUUAAAUUGUAUUUAAUUUAUUACAUGUAAAUCACUAAUUCUACCUCUUGUUGUACGAAAGGGAACCGUUUUGUAUUUAUAAUUAUCAUAAUUCGAUUUGAUUAAAUUCCAUCCAUUUUGAGAGAUUAAUUUCUAUAUUUAAUUAAUUUAAAUCUGUGUUGUUUUUAUUAAUUUUCGGUACACAGUGUAAUGAACUGAUUGCUCAUAAUAAUUAAAGAGUAAGCCACAAAAUAUUGUUUGUAAGUACAUACCUCCUUUGUUGUGAUAGUUAACUAUGGGAAUCGGGAGUAUGUGAAGAUCAAUUGCCAUUUAGACUUAAGGUUCUUGUACACAGUUUAAGAUACCAUUGAGAUUAAAUAGGUGCAAAAUGCACCAUUUGUACAUUCAGAAACUAAGCACCCAAGUUUGCUUUUUUUGGAGGACCAAAGAGUUUUCAUAGUACAACAGCUACUAAGUUUAAUGAGGCGUGAAAUUGUGCAAGCCAGCAUUCGCCACGUCCCGUUCAAAAUGCCAUAGACAGCGGAUAGAGGCCCAUUGUGUACAAGAGCCUUAGCCAUGGUGUAAACAAAUUAACAGUACAGUAUUGAAUGAACGUGAACGCAGCCAUCAACUCCUUUACUUGUGCAAAUAAAAAUAAAUCGUUUUACAUUGUC